AUGUGGCUCCAAGGUAUAUGAGGAACAUUAUUGUUGUAUUACAGGGGUUGCUAAAAAGAGAGACCAACCAUGGACGAAUAUGCCUACGAUCCCGAUGUUUGGAAAACAUUAGAGAACGUCAGCAAGGAGGAUCACGAGAAUUUCCAGAAGUUCGGCAAGAUCUUCCUCCCCUGCACGUAUCUGCUGGUGUUCUCCUGUGGCCUGGUGGGGAACUGUCUGGUGCUGGCAGUCUAUAUUUUUUGCGAGAAAGCAAAGAGUCUGACGGACCAAUUUCUUAUGAACUUACCCAUAGCUGACUUACUGUUUCUUUGUACGCUGCCAUUCUGGGUUUACGCCACCAUUCACGAGUGGGUCUUUGGGCAAGUCCUGUGCAAGGUGAUCCUGGGGAUGUACACCUUAAAUUUCUACACAUCUAUGCUGUUCCUCACCUGCAUCACCAUUGACCGGCUUCUGGCCGUCGUUCAGGCCACCAAGACCCACAUUUACCAAGCCAAAAGGAUGGUGGUGGGGAAGAUCCUCUGUGCCACCAUUUGGGUGAUCUCUCUCAUAGUGACCAUCCCACAGUUCAUGUAUGCCAGAGUUUUUCUAAAUGACAAGCGGGUUUGUCAUAAUGAAGAGGAAGGCAUUUCGACCGUGGUCCUCUCCACCCAGAUGACCAUCGGCUUCUUCCUGCCUCUCUUAGCCAUGAUCGUCUGUUACUCAGUCAUCGUCAAGACCCUGGUGCAGGCCAGAAGGUUCCAGAAGCACAAGUCCUUGAAGAUCAUCUUCUUGGUGGUGGCGGUGUUCAUCGUGACCCAACUGCCUUUCAACCUCAUGAAGCUCAUUCGCACCACCAACUGGGAGCACGACACACAGCCCCGCUUCCUCUACGGCCUCAUGGUGACGGAGGCCAUCGCCUAUCUACGGGCCUGCCUCAACCCGGUGCUCUACGCCUUUGUCGGCCUCAAAUUCAGGAGGAACUUCUGGAAACUCAUGAAGGCCCUCAAGUGCCCCCACGCUGCAGGGAAGGUCGGCGACGACACCUCCAGAAGUUGUUCUGCUUCCAACAAUGCUCAGGCCACCAGCCUGUAUCAGUUCUAG